UCGACUUCCUGACGACGCCAUUUCGUGAUUUAUUCAUUUGGCGGUUGUUUUCGUCGUGGUAUCUAAGGAACAAUAAAUCGGCAGUAAAGAUGGUUAAGAUCUUUGUCGGCAACCUUACUACUGGUACGACCAAAGAAGACCUGCACAGUCUUUUCUCGCAGUAUGGCAAAGUAGCGGAGAGCGACGUGCUGAGAAACUUUGGCUUUGUGCACAUGGAUUCCCAAAAGGAAGCUGAGGAGGCCGUCCGUAAACUGCACCACCAUGAGCUGAACGGGCAGCCCAUAAAUGUGGAGUUGAGUCGAGGGAAGUACAAAGGAACCACCAAACUCCACGUAGGCAACAUUAGCAGUAGCUGCACUAAUCAGGAGCUGCGGGACAAGUUUGAAGAGUUUGGCCCCGUGCUUGAGUGCGACAUUGUGAAGGAUUAUGCCUUUGUCCACAUGGAGCGAAGAGAAGAUGCCCUGGAGGCCAUCAAUAUCCUGGACAACUCGACCUUUCAAGGUGCUUUGAAACAGCAGGACUUUCUUUUAGCGAUCAUUCCCUCCACCUUCCUCUGGUCAACAAAUAUUUCUGGAGGCCCGAUUGGAUCUGAAAGAAGCGGGACGAAGAAGACUCACCUGUUAUCGUUUAGUCGCUUUCAGCUUAUGAAUGUUUAACAUUUAUCAGACUUACUAGAACUGUUAAGAUCUUUCUUUUCUGCAGAGCCCAGUGUGAAUUAUAAAUUCUUAUUCUGAAUUUUUUUUUUUUUUUUUGUUCAAGUCUUUGUAAGAAUUUUCUUGCAUGAUUCUUUUCAGUUUUUGCGGAUUUCUUCUACACUAUUUUAAAGUCUUUCACACACAUUGAGAAACUGAGUUGUUUUGCUUUUGACCUGAUGUGAUCUAUCAUUUAGUUACUUUUAGUGUGUUUUGUUUGUUUGGAGGGUCCAAUUCAGUCAGUUUCAAGAUUUACUUCAAUUUCAUUUAGCAAGAAUUACAUGUCACGUAAUGACAAUCUGUUUUAGUUUUGGAAGUAACUGUUGAAGCUUUUUUUUUUUCCUUUUCCCCCUCCAAGCUUUAUGGUGAAACUGAAACCCAGAACAAACAUUCCUGUUACAUUCGUUCUUUAUCCCUGAUUUAUCACCUGUUUGCUUGUUAAUUUUUCAUUAUGUACACCUAAGUAGGGAGCUGAAACAACAUGAGUGGUUAAUUGAGAUGAUCAAAUAACUGCAAGAUUCUGGUUAGGGGUGUGUGUUUUGUUUGUUUUUUGUGGAAUUGGAUGUGAGUUAGAGUUUGAUUCAAACUAGAGUACAUCAAGCAUUUAAUUUGUAACAGUAAAGAAAGGAUUAGUUUAUCUCCACACACACUUGCUUUAAAUACAGCCUGGUUCAUUUGGCAAAAGGAUAUUGAGUAAGAGUGCACGUCAUAACCCAGUGCUGGAUGAUUUGACAAACUGGUACUUGGACAGAGUUUGCCUCAUGGGUGUGUAUGGUGAAAAGUUGAAGUAGGGCUGUACAUACAAGUCAAGUAAGACUGAGUAAAUAUGGAAAUGUGAUAACCAACUGUCACUCGGGGCUCAGUUCACCUUUGAAACUGCUGAUGUGUGUAAUUUCUAUGUGGGUGCCCUGGUAAGAUCUGAGGUGUUUAUAAAUUUGAUUUCUCUUAUAAAACUCCA